AUGCCCAGCGGCUCCGGGCCGCCGCCGCGGGCAAUGGUCAUGGGCGGCCUCGCCGCCGAGGCGCCCGAGCGCGAGCACUGCCCCACGCACCUGACCUUCCAGAGCGAGACGACGUUGGCGCGCAGCGAGAUGGGAGACUACCGGCGGACGCACGACGUGAGCGGCCUGCCCGCCUACCUGCAGAGGAGACGCCGUUUGGCUCCGCCAACGCCUCGUUCGUGUACUUCUACUCGGAGACCAUCCAUAUUCUCAGUGGCGCGUCGGCUACGACUACCAGAAGCCCGAAGCCGUGCUCACAUCUGGAAAGACGAGCGUGCAGUGCCCCUUAGAAGUGGAGAAAUGGUACCAUUGGAGUGA